AUGGCCAAGCAACAAAAGGACCCCGAAAUCAUCGAGCUCGCCCGCGGGCUCCAAAACACGCCCUGGUGCGACGAGUACGAGAAGAUGAUCUCGGGCAUGCUCUACAACCCCCUCCACCAACCCCUCGUCGACGCCCGGCACCGCGCCCGCUGCCUAACCUACAAAUUCAACAACCUCGACCCAAGCAGCGGAACACACGACCAAGUCGCCGAGACGCGCAUCAAGCUGCUAGGCGACAUGCUUGGCCGCGUCGGCAAGGGAACCUUUAUCGAGCCGCCGUUUAAUCCGGAUUACGGGUGUAAUGUGAUCGUGGGCAAGAAUUUCUUUGCGAAUUUUGGCCUGACAAUCCUCGACACAUCCCUCGUCAUAAUCGGCAAUCGAGUGCAAUUCGGACCCAACGUCAGCCUCUUCGGGGCUGGGCAUGAAACCAGUGUCCUCUCCCGGAUCAAAUUCAUCGAGUUUGGCCACCCGAUCCGCAUCGAGGAUGACUGCUGGAUUGGAGGGAAUGUCACCAUCUUACCGGGGGUCACCAUCGGCCGCGGAUGCACGGUGGGAGCCGGCGCUGUUGUUACCAAGAGUCUGCCGCCGUAUUCAAUUGCUCUGGGGGCGCCGGCGAGGGUUGUCAAGACUCUCCCGACUGUUGAGGAGGAGAGGGCGGAUCCCGACUCUCCGUAUAGGGAUAUGCCGGAUCGGAUGUGA